AUGGAGUUGGGUAUGGCUUCGAAGGAUUCAAGAUGGUGGGUAUUCACACUUCCAGCGUUUUUCGGGACCACAAAUCUUUUCGACCAAUGGGUUCUGUUUUCCCUUCUUCUAGCUUUCAUAUCCGUUGGGCUUCUCACCUGGGCUUUCACCGCUGGUGGGCUUGCUUGGAAACACGGCAGGAACCACUGGGGUCUUGUUUCCAUCCCCGGUCCUCGAGGUCUCCCCAUGUUUGGUAGCUUAUUCAGCCUCAGCCUUGGCUUGGCCCACCGAACCCUAGCCUCCAUCGCUUCCACCCUUGAUGCCACCCAACUCAUGGCCUUCAGUCUUGGCUCCACCCCUGUGGUUGUCUCUUCCGACCCCAAAACGGCCAAAGAGAUCCUCACCUCUCCCCAUUUCGCUGAUCGUCCCAUCAAACACUCGGCCAAAAUGCUUAUGUUCGAACGAGCCAUUGGGUUCGCCCCAAACGGCACUUACUGGAGACUCCUCAGGAGGAUUGCUUCCUCUCACCUCUUCUCCCCCAAGCGCAUCGCAGCCCACGAAGGCGGUCGUCAGCUAGACUGUUCAACCAUGCUGUGUGGCAUCGCUGAAGAACAGUCCAAGCAUGGGGCUGUCCUCUUGAGGAAACACCUUCAGGCAGCUUCGCUCAAUAACAUCAUGGGCAGUGUUUUCGGUAAGAGAUACGAAGUGGGCUGUGAAGAAAGCCAAGAAUUGAAGGAGCUCCGUGAAAUGGUAAAUGAAGGGUUCGAGCUUCUUGGUGCUUUCAACUGGUCUGAUUAUCUUCCAUGGUUGAGUUACUUCUACGAUCCUUUCCGUAUCAACCAACGAUGUGCUGCUCUUGUUCCUCGCGUGAGGAGAUUCGUUUGCGAGAUUAUUGAAGAACACCGACGGAGCAAGUGUGACAAGCUAUCCGAUAAUGCAGACUUCGUCGAUGUCUUGCUCUCUCUCGAUGGUGAAGAAAAACUCCAGGAGGACGACAUGGUUGCAGUCUUAUGGGAAAUGAUCUUCCGAGGAACUGACACAACGGCACUACUAACCGAGUGGGUAAUGGCCGAGUUGGUGUUGAACCCGGAUGUUCAAUCCAAGCUUCAAGAAGAGCUAGACGGAGUGGUCGGUGACGAGGGCUUAACAGAUGCUGACGUGGUGAACCUACCGUAUCUCCAGUCAGUGUUGAAGGAGACUCUCCGAAUCCACCCACCUGGUCCACUGCUUUCGUGGUCCCGGUUGUCCAUAUCAGAUGUCCAGCUAAGCAAUGGAAUGCUCAUCCCUGCACACACCACGGCUAUGGUCAACAUGUGGGCCAUAACCCACGACCCAAAAGUUUGGAAGGAUCCCAUGGUUUUCAAACCGGAGAGGUUCAUGGAGAAAGCCGGUGGCGAGAAUGUGGACGUAAGGGGAAACGACCUAAGGCUAGCUCCGUUUGGGGCGGGUCGUCGGGUAUGCCCGGGAAAGAACCUAGGGAUGGUGACGGUUAGCCUUUGGGUGGCUAAACUGGUUCAGCAAUUCAAGUGGGUUGCAGACGCCGAGAAGCCAGUUGACUUGAGUGAGUUAUUGAAGCUGUCUUGCGAGAUGAAGAAUCAUCUCUCUGUCGUGGCUGUUCCUAGGAAUGUUGUUGUGCCAAGCCCUUAAACCGUUCUAGGGCUU